GGCUGCGCGGCGUACUGGGUGCAUGUGGGGGCUGCUCCGGAGCGGCGGCGGCUGCAGCUGGAGCCAGGCGCUCGCCCGUCCGCGGGUUGGCUCGCUGGGGCCGCGCGCACCGGCCGCAGAGUCCCUUGCGUGGAUUGGCAAGCGACGCGCCACCUGCCCCGAGCUCACCAUUUUCCUUUCGCGCUGGCUGCAGCUGACCUGGCGAAGGGAGCCGACCGGGCCCUGGGCUGGAGGUAAAACCCCACGACUGAAACAGGACAGAAAAUAACCACCGUGUUGUUGCUAGUGCUACAGUUUAUUCAGCCAAAGAAGCCUUUCUGCAUGAAGCUGCAAUAGCAGCAGCUGCCCUCUACCUGGCAUUUAUGAAAAGGAAAGAACAUGAGGUUCCCUUGGAAAUCAUUCAAGAGGAAGAUGGAAGGGGCUGUUUAAAAGAGCUUAAAAGCUACAGGCUGUAAAGCUGGGGCCUGAGUGCUGGCAGUGAAAAACACUGUUGGGCUGUGAUCUCUCCCUGAAAAGUUCCAGGUGCCUUUUUGCUUCCUGCAAAAGAAAGGAAGCAAAAGAGAAGACCAUGUCCAUAGCCCUGAAGCAGGUAUUCAACAAGGACAAGACCUUCCGGCCCAAGAGGAAAUUUGAACCUGGCACACAGAGGUUUGAGCUGCACAAACGGGCUCAGGCAUCCCUCAACUCGGGUGUGGACCUGAAGGCGGCUGUGCAGUUGCCCAGUGGGGAGGACCAGAAUGACUGGGUGGCGGUACAUGUGGUGGACUUCUUCAAUCGGAUCAACCUCAUCUAUGGCACCAUCUGUGAGUUCUGCACUGAACGGACCUGCCCUGUGAUGUCAGGGGGCCCCAAAUAUGAGUAUCGGUGGCAGGAUGACCUCAAGUAUAAGAAGCCAACAGCGCUGCCAGCUCCCCAGUACAUGAACCUUCUUAUGGAUUGGAUUGAGGUUCAGAUCAACAACGAGGAAAUAUUUCCAACAUGCGUGGAUUAUUCCAGUAUCUCAAAUGGCAAUAACCCUGUGAUUGAGUUAUUACUGCCUCUACAACACAGGGAAAGAAAUUCAGCACAUAGAGAAAAAAAAGAAAUCUUACAGAAUUGUAAAAGAAGAGGGAGCUUCUAUCUGGUUGAAUGAUCAAAACAGGUUGUAUGGAAAUAACUGGAGGUGAAACCUUGGAUCUACUACUCUUUUCUUUGACCAUUUUAGUAAUAGAUAGCCUUCCUCCCUUUAAUUAAAUUUUUAUUUAGCAGCGCAAGUUUCUGGUUUAUUGUUCUGAAAAUGGUAGUUGAUCGUCUGAUGUCUUUUGCUUUUGUGAAGCACACUGCCUAAUGGAUGUUGGCCUGUUUCUAAAGUUACUGUUCUUCCCAGGCCAAUAUUCAUUUAUUCCAGCAUAUGCUAGAGGUGUUGGGGGAGUUUGUAACAUGCUUUGGGUCUCUUGCUACACAGAGUUGUGUUUAUCUGUCAUGUUGAUCAGUUGUAUACAGUUUUUAAUGGGAAAAGCAUGACUUUACUGACCUUUUCUGAGCAAAUAAAUUUACUUAAGUCUGCUUGGUGUCAUUUGGAAAAGGAUGUUCUUUCUCUUCUAAUCUGGGACUGCCUCCAGUGUUUUGCAUUUCAGAAUCCCAGAAGUUCCCAGCUUCACACAUACCCAAUCACCUGACUCCACAACUUUAAAAGCAGACUGGAAGGGGACCUGAAAGAAGAUAGAGUGGAGACAUGGAGUUCUGUGGCUAUCAGUCAUCAGUGCUGUACCUUGGUCUCAAGGCAUAUUUACAUCACUGGUCCUCAUGUUAUCUCCAUAGUAGUUGAUUCUUGUUGCCACUUAAGGUCAAGCUCUCCUUCCCAAGAAAGGCUUUGUCUUUCUAGAAGAUGCCUAAGGCUCUCCUUUUUGUGGGAUUGGACUCCCUCUGAAUCUUGUGAAGAAACAUCCAAGAAGAUUCAUCUGUCUCCUUCCCUGUCUCCAUUUUCUUCAUGGCUCUCCUUUCAAAUAUGGUAAUGAAGUCACUAGGCCUGUUUGGAAGGAGAUCAGGAGUUAGCUUUAACAACUAAAAUAAAACCACAUGUUACAUCUCUAGUUAAGUGAGGAAUAUGUUUGUUUAACUUUUGUUUCUUUGGAUACAAUUCAUGAGGUUUAUUUAUUUUUAAAUUGUAGGGUGAUCUAGCUUCUCCUCCUUUGAGAAUAUAAAGAAUACUGUUUCAAGGGUAGAAAAUCAUUUUUAAAAUGAAAAUUUAUCUUUAAAAUAAUUGAAUUUUUCCCAAUACAGAAGGCAUUUUUUCUAACUCUGCAUAAAAUCGCAGUCAUUUACAAGUGGAGGAACCUGUUUAAAAACUGUCUAAAUUAGCAUUGACCAAAUUCUUGGGGCUUUAAAGUCUCAGGUGAAAUCUGAUCUUUGACUGGGAUUUUUUUUUUUUUCCAAGCAGGCAGGAUGGCAGCUUAACAAACUGUGGAACAGAAUCCCACGUGGUUAAUGAUCUGAACGGGAGGGUUCAGAAGGUUAAUGUUAUGGUGGUAAGAACCAGGAGUUGUUGUGCCUACUUUCACAGAAAAUACUUUAAAAUAACCACCAAUAAAAUCCUCACUAAGAAGCGAGAGGAGUGGCCAAAUGAGCUUUUGUGUUUCACGAUGACCUGUUUUAGGAAUUUUUCAUCUCCUUUGAAUUCCGCCUGGACGAAUUCUUCUUUACCUUGGCUUUAACUUUUCAGUUAACUAUAAAAAAUAUGGUGCGAUGUUAUUGUUGCAGACACACUAUUUUAGUGGUUUCAAACCUUUUUAUAUUUUUCAAACAAAAAAAAGACUUAGAACCUUAAAUGAAAUAAGUAAAAUUGGUUCUGCGUUGGCUGCAGUAGUGGGUGAAAGGCUCAGAGUCCGCACUCCUACCCUCCCCGCCUGGUCCUCCAAGGUGAGGUAGCUUCCUUUGCUCAGGAAGCAGAACCCUAAAGCUUUGAGGAGCACAAUUUGAAAACCAUGGCUCCAUAACACUUGCCACUUAUGAUUGCCUUUGGGGCCUGCUUUCCUCUUUGUGGGAGUCAGAAAUGAAUCAAAGACCAUGAGAGGCUGCCUGAGACCACCAGCCCUGCAGCACAGGAAAGAAAAGCCUGGGGCUCAGUUGCCAAUCCCUUGUGGCCUCAGCAGUUCCUCUAAGCUUCCCUAAUUGUACUAAAAAGGUGUGCCUGGCAGAAGAUGUGGACAAUGAAAGUGCCAGGUCAAGGAGUAGCGAUGUCACCUUAAGUCCAGAGAGGUUGAUCAGACAGGGUGAAAUGUUUAAGCAUCAGAUUCUAGGAAGCCCUUAGAAGGCAAGUGGCCCCCUCAGCAGAUGAUCAGGGAACUCUGUUGGAGCAAAGGGCCUCCAUAGAACUUCGUUGCAUUCACUCCUGAGCUGCGGGCGCUGAUCUGGCUGCCUCAGACACUAAUUUAGAUCUUCUAACCCUCAGCACAUCCUUGCUCCUCCUCUCUGGUACCUAGUUUCAGAGUAACCAUUAGAGACACCAUCUGUACUUUUACCUGGUGAUAGUGCUUAUCCUUUGAGGGGCAACCUUGAAACUCAGUAUUAUGGAACUUCCAAGUUUAUGACCUUGAAUGGUAACUUUGAAACUGGGUAAUCUUCCACCAGCACCACUGGUGGGCUGGCCCAAGCUUUCCAUCUAUGCAACAGCCACAGCAUCCAUCUGAGUACUCCUUUUCCCAGAUUGUCAGUCUCCAGUGCCCAGCCCAGCUUCCUCCUCCUGCCACUAACUGACACAGUGAACUAAGACACACUAAGACAAUGAGCCAUUGUCUUAGUUCUAGUUUCUCUGUUUGUUUCCUCUGUUUAAUGGUUUUAGAAUCUAUUUUUCUCUUAGCUAUUUCUCAUUCUGAAUUGCUGUGAGUGUGAUUAGAAUAUUUUUAGGGUGGUUUUCUCCCCUUUCUUUUCCUUUCUAUGACUUCUGAGAUCAGAUUUCAGCUGAUGUCUGUGUGAGAUACUAUUGCUCAUUCUGCAUAUACUACCUCCCUGAUGGAGAUAUUUCCAAAUAUCACACUUUUCCAUGUGGGGCUAUGCAGCUGGCUGGUUUGUUUUGAUGGCCAUAUUUCAUUGGGCUUUCCAAGUGGUUCAUCUUAGAGCAUUAUUGAGAGUUGUAAAGCCAACCCAGACCUGUUAGUUGAAGUGGGCGUAAUAGGAUGUUCCUACGAUUUAUGAGAAGCUCUAGAAGUUUAACUCCGGGCCUUUCCCUUUAUGUCGUGUCAUUUGUAGCAUUGACCUAAAAUCAGGGUGUCUCCUAAAGACUUGUGGGGGUUACACAUAGAUUGAACCAUUUUGAAUUUCUAAAGUAUGUAUGAGUCAAGAACCAAAAUUUGAGUGUGAUCAGAAUGUCAUGUUUAUUUUCCUUAGUUUAACAUAUCUGAGUGUAGUCCCUGUUCCACCAGGUGGUGGGAAAGCCAGCUUAGACAUUAUUCAGGCUUCGUACCCUUCCUCAGACUUUGGUAAAGCUUCCAGCACUUAACUCAGUGCCAAAAUACAAAGCAACCCACCCACUACCUUAUCUACAUGGGUUACCAUUAUUCCAGCCCAUGUGGUCCCCUUGAGCAUGCAGCAUUUGUGCUAAUCUUAGAGCACAGGCAUCCUUGGCAGAGCUGGGAGCUGUGGCACCUGCCAUCCAACCAUUUUAGAUAUGUCCUGCAGCCAUCACCUUUGAUGGGUUGCCAUCUUCCCUGGCAAUAAGUCAUAUCCAUAAAUUAUCCUAAAAUACUUCCUUCUGUUUAGGCUUUGGACUGCAAUGAAUGGAAACUCAAUAUUUUUACUCUGUUUUACCUUUGGCCUCUGCCACGUCUUAUUUCUCCACACAGAACAAACUCAUCUCUUUCUGGACAACUCCUACUCAUCCUUUGGGUCUCAGCUGUAAUAUCAGGGACUAAGUUAGAGGUACCCCUGUGAACACCCUGUCUCCCCAACCACUUUCUUACUAAUUUGUACUUCAGGCAUGAUUUGCAUCAAGAUUACCUGGGAAAUUGUUAAAAAUGCAGAACUUUGGCCUCUGCCUGAGAUCAUAUUGCUGAAACAGAUUCUGCAUUUUAACAAUUUCCCUAGUGUGCACAUUCAAGUGUGAGAAGCACAGAUAUACUAGAUCAUGAGCUCCUUGAUCACAAGGACAUUAUUUUUUCAUCACCAUGUCCCUUUUGAUGUGCCUAGUCCAUAGCAGCCCCUCAGUAAAUAGCUGCUGAAUGCAUGGAUACCCUGUAAUAAACAUGUAGACCAAACAUUCAGCUUGCAGUGGCUGCUGUUAGAGGAGGGGUUGUGCCUAAAGUGUGACCCAGGAGGUACUAAACUGGAACAAACUGGGGAUAGAAGUAGGUUGGUCACCGCUCAGUGAAACCAGAAAUAUUGGGUUGGGUUCAGGCUAGGUAGCCAGGCCCACAGGUGUAACAACCAACUUAAUAGACAAGAUAGGGCCAGGUGGGCUUGGUUGGAGGGACUGCUGGAGAGCCUGACCUAGGAGGGAGGGAAGAAAAGACCUCACCAAAGAGGCAGAAGAGAAGAUAAGGAAACCUCUGUGAGGGCUCCUGAAGGGCAUGAUGGGAAAUAAAUUUGAACAGGAAGACUGAAAUUCCAAAGGCAUUCAUUUCCCACUCAGUAUUGAAACACAGAUCCCAACUAGAUCAAAGACAAGGCAAAAAAUAUUAACAGAAUCUUUAUUGUUCUGCACAUUCCUUUUUUUUUUUUUAUUUGAACUAGGGGAAGAUGAGCCAAAAAAAAAAAAAAAACAAUGGAGUAAAUCCAUCUCUCGAGUUUGUUAGAAAAU